AGCGAGCACCAAGGCCAUUCUGAGUUGAUAGGAAAAAAACACAAACAACCACAAGAAAACCACAAAACCAAGAUGGCGGUGCAAGAGACAGCAUCUCAACUGUCCAUGGCUCUCAAAGUCCAAGAAUAUCCCACCCUGAAGGUCCCCUACGAGACUCUGAACAAACGUUUCAGGGCGGCUCAGAAGAACAUCGACCGGGAGACAAGUCACGUGACAAUGGUUGUUGCAGAGCUGGAGAAGACGUUGAGCAGCUUCCCAGUGGUUGACUCCGUGGUGUCACUGCUGGAUGGCGUGGUGGAGAAACUCAGCGCCCUGAAGAGGAAGGCUGCCGAGUCCAUCCAAGCAGAAGACGAGAGUGCCAAGCUGUGUAAGCGUCGCAUCGAGCACUUGAAGGAGCACAGCAGCGACCAGCCGGCCUCAGUCAACCUGUGGAAGAAGAAACGCAUGGACCGCAUGAUGGUGGAGCAUCUGCUGCGCUGCGGCUACUACAACACAGCUGUUAAACUGGCCAGACAGAGCGGUAUAGAGGAUCUGGUCAACAUUGAGAUGUUUCUCACAGCUAAAGAGGUAGAGGAGUCUCUGGAGAGGCAGGAGACGGCCACUUGCCUAGCCUGGUGCCAUGACAAUAAGUCCCGCCUCCGCAAGAUGAAGAGUUGUCUUGAGUUCAGUCUGAGAAUCCAGGAGUUCAUUGAGCUCAUCAGGCAAAACAAACGCAUGGAUGCAGUCAGACAUGCAAGGAAGCACUUCAGCCAAGCAGAAGGUGGGCAGUUGGAUGAAGUUCGGCAAGUGAUGGGCAUGCUGGCCUUCCCAUCAGACACACACAUCUCUCCAUACAAGGAUCUUUUGGAUCCAGCCCGCUGGAAGAUGCUGAUCCAGCAGUUCCGAUAUGACAACUACAGACUGCACCAGCUGGGAAACAACUCUGUCUUCACUAUCACCCUACAGGCUGGUCUGUCUGCCAUCAAGACACCUCAGUGCUACAAGGAGGAUGGUACCUCUAAGAACCCAGACUGCCCAGUGUGCAGUAAAUCUCUCAACAAGUUGGCCCAACCGCUGCCCAUGGCCCACUGUGCCAACUCCAGACUAGUCUGUAAGAUCUCUGGUGAGGUCAUGAAUGAAAACAACCCUCCAAUGAUGCUGCCUAAUGGAUAUGUCUACGGCUACAAUUCACUUCUAUCCAUCCGCCAAGAUGACAAAGUGGUGUGUCCCAGAACCAAAGAAGUCUUCAACUUCUCUCAAGCUGAGAAGGUCUAUAUCAUGUGAUCACUUGGAUAAUACGUCGAGUAUCAACAUGAUUGAAAAUGGCCGUCAUUCAUCACCAGUGACCUGGCCUACUCAGAGAGCCACCUGUGGAGCUGUGAUCCAGUGCCCCCAGACACAUCCAACAUUUCCAACCCAUCCCUCCCUGUACACGAUCAGCCCAAGUUUGCCCCCCCCCCCCCCCCCCCCAUUUUAUCACACAGAAACUGGACUCCUCUCCUUUGAGACUCUAUUUUAGAUGUGGCUAGAUAACAAGAAGUUGUUUGAUCUGAUCCAUUAAAGCACAUGGACUAUCAACAUUGUCAUUAUUUUAACAUACCCUCAAGAUUAGAGACUACAGUAAAAGACUGAGGGGGUGAAGCUGUUAGGUAGAUAUUUAAUUUUACUACAACAAAUAAAAACUUGUUGAGGUUACUUUGACUUUUUCCUUUCACUAGUGAUGUUCCUUUGUUACUUAAAUAAUGUGGAAGGACAGUGACAACUUGCUCCAUUAACCAGAUUAAUACGUGAUUUGGGCCUUUUUUUCAAAACAAACAUGGCUGGCUUCCUGGUCAUGUGGUAGCAUCUCAUUCUGUGAUGCAUGCUGUUGACAUCCUUUAGUCUUCUAGCCAUGUUUUUGGUGGAUUGUUGGGGGGGGUAUAUGUUAAAUACCUCCUUUUAAAUUGCCUACUUUUUUGCAUUUCAACCCCCCUUGGCUGUGAAACCGGUGCCUGGUUUGGGUUGUAGUCUGUUCCUUUUCAAAUGUAAAUAUUAGAUAGGAAUUUAUCAUCCUCAUGUAAAGAUUCAGCGGUUUUGGGGACAAGUAACGACAAUGAAGAUGAACCUUCUGCGAAGAUUGCUGUGUGAACUGAACAAGUCUUUUUUUGGGUGCUGUAAACCUGAUAUAGCCCACAGUAUCCUCAAGUUAACUGGUUGUUCAGUAUAACUUCUCAUUUCUGAGAAAGCUGUUAGUUUCACAAACUUGGUAACAUUUAUUAUGGUGUGUUUACUACCAUAAUGGAAUUAGCGCAAUAUUGAAACAACAACCAUCUCUGAUGUUUUUUAUUACCAUUAUUAAACAAAUUGUCUUCCUUUUACUGUGUGUGAGAUUUGACGUUUUCAGUUGUCUUCAGCCAGUUUCUCUUUUUCCUGAGUUAAAAGAAAAGUUUAUAAUUAUUAUUUAUUAAGUUUUGAGAUGAAACCCUGUGUGAUUUUAGUUAAUGUAACAUUGCCCAAAUAGUUUUGAUUUCAAAAGUAAUUUUCCAAGACUGAACACGAUAAUAAAGAGAAGGACUGUGCUGAUAUUUUUCUCAGUCUUGUAACUCUGCAUAUGUUAAAGCUGCUUGGAGUAUCAACACACUACAGGGUAGCAUAGUACACCAUCUGCUUCCACGUUACAUGUAGUUCCAUGCCUGCCUUUACUUGAAAAAUACAUUAAGAAGCAGGAUCAAAACCAAGGCAAGGCUUUUGGUUUCACAGAUCUGCCUUUUCUUGCAAAACAUGAGUUGUCCUCUAUGACUUUAAAAACCUACUGUGAAUGAUGGAUGGGCCCGGGAUGUGAUCACAACAAGAUAUACAUAAAUUUGGAAAGUUCACUUCAACUACUGCACAAAUAACCCUUAAAUUAAGCUAUCAAAAAUGCUGUUUUAUGUUAAACAAUCAGUCUUGGGGUCAAUCAUUUCUUCCAUUUGUAGUUUACUGACAAACCAAAAGUUGCCUCAUUUGUGUCCAUAAAUGAUUUGGAACUGUAUCUGUAAAUACACAGACUGUCCUGUGUGUUUGUAUUGGUAGAAUAGAUAAAGGGAUUGUUUCAUGAGCAAUAUGCCUCAUAAAGAUUUCAGUGAACUUUGA